CUUGUAUGUUUUACAAUUGAUGCAUAUCAUGCCACCCGUUAUAAAAAUAGACUUUAAAAACCAAACCUGUAUUUUUAUAUAUCGUUAUUUGUCUAAUAUGAUAACAUAACAUAAAAUGUUAACUAACCCAAUUACUUUUAGGCAUAAAAUCAUUCAUCUAAUGGUCAUUAAAUGAAUUUAUAGAACAAUAGUUCAAAAAAUAUAGAAAUACUUAAAGUACAAGUAAAUCAUUAAUUAUUGCGAACAACAGGUUUUUUUUCCGUUGAAUCGAACAACGGUUUUGAUCUGGUGGUACUACCACUAGUUUCAAUUUUAAGAUCUCAGGUUCGAAUCUUUUAAGUAGCACUUAACAAUAAGAACAAACAUAUGGCAGCAUUAUAAAAAAUAUCACUAAUUAUGCAAACAAGAGAUUGGUCUAGUGAUACAAUUAUUGAUUCAAAACCAGGAUGUCCCAGAUUUGGAUCCCUUAAAUGACACAUAAUACUAAAAAAAACUGAUAUCGUCCUUGUAAAAAAAAUAUUGAAAUUCAUACAUGUUUUACUCGUGAAAUUUCCUAUAUUGAUUUUUUUUUCUUUUUUUGUGAGACCUAUAUUGAAUUUCUCACAAGUAAAUUGGAAUUACCAUUGUCUGGAAAGUGAAAUUUGGCUAUGAACGAAUCGGCAGAUGAAAUUUCCAGGAUAAAGUCCAUCGUCAUAUUGUGGAUGUUUGGACCUCUAAUUUAAGGACACACUUGGCAUCAUAUAAUAUUAAGUUGACAAAUGGUUACAGCACAAAUCAUGGGUGACAAAAUAUACCCCUAAGAGGAAGUGACAUCACAUAAUAUUAAGUUGACAAAUGGUAACAGAUAAUAUUAAGAUGACGAUAAAAUAUACACGUACCUAAUAGAAAAUGGCAUCUUAUAUUAGGGCUGUCAUUUCGGUUGCCGGUUAGCGGCUAACCGGCCGGACUAACCGUUAACCGUCGAUUAGCGGCUAACCGGAAACCGAAAAUAACAGGGGGCGGUCGGUUGGCGGAGUCUGUCUGUGGUUAGGCGGUUAGCCGAGUAACCGACGCCGGUUAACCGGCUAACCGACGCUAACCGACCGACAAUACGACCCCGUUUUGGCCCAGCUGAAACGACCCAACCCAUCCCUAACCCUAGCAUCGACCCUCAGACCUUCUCCUCUCGUGGAGUCCAUCCUGCCUCAAACCCUCUUCUAAAAAACGCACAGCCGCCGCCCGCUAGCCACUCCCACAGCACAGCCGCCGCCGACGACCCAGCCUCCCUCCAAUCGCCUCGUCGGUCGCGCCUCCCUCCAAUCGCCCCGCCGCCUCGCUCCAAUGGCCCCUCCACUCGCCGCGCCUCCCGCCUUCACCAGCCGCGCCGCAACCCUCCUCCACUCUGCCAUCGCCGCGCCGCCCGGGCAACAACAUCAGUCGACACCCGCCGCGCCACAACUCUCCUCCAGUCCUCCAUCACCGCCAGUCAACAGUCCACCUCCUUGCCUGGAUUGCCAAAUUGAGCCACCAUUUGUUGAAGAUGGGGGUUUUAUGAUAAGGGUUCAGUUUUUCUUUUCCUUCUGGGUUGGGAAUUGGGAUAAUGCAGGGGAGGGGAAAACAGAGGAAGGAAGAAACAUGGGAUAUGCAGAGAUUGGGCAGGUUUAAUGAAAGAUGGGGGAAAGAGGAUGGAAUGAAAUCAAAAGGGCUUUUUCUUGUUUCUGUUGCUUUUUUUUUGGUUUGGAAGAAGAAUGGAAGGAGAGGCCGAGAGGGAAAAGAGAAGAAGGAAACAGAGGGAGCUCACAGUUUUUGGCGGUUACAGGUCGGGUUUUUGCGAAUGUCGGUCGGUUAGGUAAUUAAACCGAACCGCCCAUCAAUUUUUCGGUUGCUUCGGUUAAAUCGCACCUGAACCAAAAACCGUCCGGUCGGUUUGCGGCUAACCGGGGCUCUAGGGACGGUCGGUUGACGGUGGCCACUGGUCAGGUCUCGGUUUAACCGAAACCGACUGGUUGCCAGCCCUAUCUUAUAUAAUAUUAAAACAUACACCAUAACAAAUGAUAAAUGGUUUUUCCAAUAAAUUAUACGAUUUUUU